GACUCAAAGACCCAAACUAUUUCCUCUACUCCAGAGACGCUCCACACGAGCACCAGCUUCGCCCCUCCUGCCUUCGUUGGUUCUCUCUCUCUGAAAUCGGGGUCAAUGUCAGACAGCAACAAGUUAAUUCGGUGGGGGUAUUUACCUGAUGAGAUUCUUACCCAUAUUUUCACUUUCCUACCUAUCAAAUCCAUUAUCAUCUGUACCUCUGUCUCUAAAACCUGGAAAUCCCUAAUCCAAAACCCUACUUUCAUUUCCACCCAUCUCCACCACUCCCACACCAAAAGCCAAAACCUCUUCCUCCUCUUAAACAUCUCGCGGAAUGACAGAGAAGUGUAUGCAUUGCAUAAAGAAGACGAUGAUCCUGAUUUCACUGAAUACACCAGCUUUGAAUCCCCUUUCCAUGCUCCUGCUCCAGGCUUUCACGAAGUCGUCGGUACUUGUAACGGUCUGCUAUGCCUCUCCUAUGAUCACGCUAACGACAUCUUUCUCUGGAACCCUUGUGUGAGAAAGUUUCUCCAACUUCCUUAUCCCGAUGUCACCGUCGACACACAUGGUGUGUCCUGCACAUCUUUUGGGUUUGGAUUUGAUCCAAAAACUAACGAUUAUAAAGUGGUCAGGAUUCUCUCCAUAAUGGGUAGUCCUUCGGACUUUGUAAAGUCUCGACCCGUGGUCGAGGUUUACUCACUCUCCACUGGUGAAUGGAGAAUGCUUAGUGCUUCUGCUUCUCUGCCUCCUGUAUGCGCUAAAAUUAGUCACAGGCCGCCGGCAUUUGCCAAUGGGGCACUGCAUUGGAUUGCUGUCACAAAUGAUAAAAAACGGUUUGUUUUGGUGUUCGAUUUGGGGGACGAGGUCUUCCGCCAAAUUCUGCUGCCAGAACUUCCAAGUUAUACAGGGAAGAUGAUGUGGACUCGUGUUUCUGUAUAUGGAAAUUCCAUUGCUGGGUUUCAAAGAAGGGUAGAGACUGGUCAGAUCAAUAUAUGGGUGAUGAAAGAGUAUGGUGUUGCAUCGUCGUGGACAAAAUUUUCACAUCAGUGUCCAACUCUGGGAAUGCCCUCUCCAUGCCCAGUUGGCUUUAGGAGGAAUGGUGAGGUUAUAUUGCUAAAUAUUGGAUUAGAGCUCGUCUCGUGGAAUCCAGAUAGCCAAAAUAUUAAGAAUCUUGAAAUUAAUGGAUAUUUUGAUACUUUUUGUGGUUCUUAUGUCGAAAGUCUAUUUUUGUUUGACAAAGCCACUAAAGGUGUAGUUACAUACUGAGGAAAAACAGAAAAUCGGUAGGAUGCUUCUCAUGUUUUUAUAUAUUCUUUUUAUGAUUUUUCAUUUUGUUCUUUAUGUAUACUUGAAUUAAGUUGAUCAUACUUGCGUAUUGAUUAUCUUAAUGGCUUUAUCUUCAGGAUAAAUAGCUUAUCAAAGUUGUGGUCACUCUCUAUUAUAUUGAGAUGAUAGUUUAGUGCAUAGCAUGUAUACUUAGAAUUGUUUGUCCUCAUUUCAAAAUUUCUUUAAUAUAAUCAUUUAUUACUUAUAAAAUAAUGCACUUAUAGUUCUUAAAUUCUUGCAGGACCUCAUGCAAUCAUGUUUAUUGAUGAGCUCUAAAUGAGACAUUAAUUCAGCAAAACAAAAUAUUCAACAAAGCUCUUUGAUGUUGUAUAGUUUCUUAUAACUGAAUUAACCUAUUAUGUCGAAACGGCUUGAAGUAGUAUUAUGUUAAACUCCUUUUGUGGCUACACCAUUGUUAUAUUAGUAUUUUUUGAUGAUUCGCAGUUUGGUUUCACAGUUUGGUUUCAGUGUAUUCACUGAAAUGAUUAAGUAUUUAAUUUUGCCUACCAUGCUUGCAUUACGAUGAACAUGCUUGCCAUUGUUGUGUGUGUAAACAUGGAUAUACUGCUCAGUUGUGUUAAAUGUCUUUUUCCUCAGACAACUAGAUUUUUUUUGUACCUGCCUAAAGAGGUCUAAAAGUCAUUAUUGAUAAAAAGUUAAAAGGACAGGGAAGAAAAGGGGGGUGGGGGUGACAAUUGCAUAUUACAUAUUACCAUCUAAUAAGGGUUCUGUCGGGAUACCUAUCAAAAAAAAAAAAGGGUUCUGUCGGGAUUCAUUUUAAAUAGUUGCAUUUGUUCUUUAAUUUUUUUUUUUUUUUGGUGGACAUCCUACAAUGAUAACAAGUUUUAAGAGAUAAAACACCUAUCAAAAAAGUUUUAAGAGAUAAAUCUGAUGGAAUUAAUUAUUGAUCCUGCAGACCUUAGUUGAAACAUUGAAUUAAAGACCACAUUCUAUGCAUAUGAACGGAAGACAAAGAUUCACAUGGCUUUCUUUUAGGACUAUACAUCUGUACAUUUCCUAAGAAGUAGGGGAGAGGCCCCCAACUUAGCGAGUUUGACUGUGGGAAUUCUAGUCUUUGUUAAAAAUAAUAUUGGUAAUUAAAAACUGCAUCAGUUGGUUUUAGUCUUUUAGUUGCAAGAGCAUAGGCUUUUGACCAAGUAGGGAAUUAAAGUGAUUGCAAGCGUAAGCCCAAGAGAAUUGAGACAGGGCUGUGUUGUGGAUGUACAAGUUUGUCGCUAGUGGCAGGUAACUUAUUUUCAUUUGAUUUCUACUAAUAAUUGGUUGAAUUGCUUUGGAACUGUAAUAGAUCUUCUAUAGUUGCUAAGGAUGAUGUAACCUGUUUGAACAUGUGGUUCCCAUUUUGGAAUAUUAUUCUGUGUAAGGAUGAAUAGAGUUGUGCCUCUUGCUAAAUCAUUUGAGUGAGCUCAUCAUAAAAGAGUGAUUAUGUCCUCAACAAUAUAAAGGGACUUUUUGUCCUUCAUUUUGAUGUUAGAAUUUUCCUUCUUUGUUUUAUCAUUUUUCCUAUAAAUCUUUAGUUCUUUACAUUAA